GAGGACUGGAGCAGGAGUUGUGUAAAAGGGGCUGAAGUCCUGCGUCCUCCACUGCUGCUGAAAAGUAGGCUCACCACCAGAUAUAUAAACGCUGCCAAACCGUUUUAUAUCGUGGAUGUAAAACAAACAAACAGACAACGACACACCCCGAUGAAGGUCCAGGACUCCGGCCGAGCGGUGGGCGAGGCAGCCUGAACUCCGCUGGACUGUCCAGGCGUGUCGGCCGCGCAGGAGCGACCCGGCCGGUGGUCAAGAUCAAACCGUCUAGGCCCACUGACACAGAGGAGCUGAGAGGAAUUAUGGGCACCCAAGAAAUUUGACCACAAGCUCCCAGCUCCUGCAAACAUCUGAUCAACAUUUAGAUGACUGACAAGGUGAAAUUGUUUGAAUAUGUGCACCUAAAGCAGACGAAAGGAAGGAGAAGGAGUCACCAUUUGUGCCUUUUUAAAGCGGGGUCUGUCCGUCACUCAAGGCCGUCUAGUUCGAACUCUCACGCUCGCUGGCUGACUUCCAGCACUCCCUCACCCUUGGCCCCAAAUGGCUGACACACAGCAGUUCUUCACUGGCAAGCUUUAUGUUCCUGUACACAUGCUAAAGCUGCCAGCUGAAGAACUGCUCUGGUCAGCCCUGCCCCGGAUGACUCAAGAAGAGGAAGUGGAUGAGGGAUGGGGGGAGGGACUGAGGAAGGCGGUGUUUUGCACGCUCAGUAAUCACAUGUAAGGUAUAUUUCACUUUAGGCAUGUUUAUGUUUAUUUUGUGGUCACGCGUGUUGUCUUUUUCCUCACAAAAACUUGCUUAAACUGUCUGUGAUGUGUUUUUCCCCCCCUUCUUGCAAUAAAGAACAAAAUAUUUUCUCAGACUUAAGGUUUAUUGUUGUGGACAAAACUGCACGCUAUGGACAAUAAAACGCAUACCAGCACUGAAGACUCUCUUGUCCAAAAAUAACAACGCACACACACACACACACACACACACACACACAAAGAGGCACACAAUAGGUACAAGCAAAAAUGUGUCACAUUCUUUUAACUUUUGAGUCUCUGGUGAUCCCAUUAAAAGGGAACAAGAAAGAUCAGAGUGAAUUAAGAUGCUCUUUCGAAGUCAAUGGCCUCAGAUAUGCAAUAACUUCAUGAUCUUUGCUCUUUCUAAUCAUAACUUUAACAAGCUGACAUUUAGUCAGGUAUGAAUCCAGUUAGAUUGUUGUCACGUAUAAGAUGUGGAACCAGAGGGAGGGGAAAAAAAACGUACCUAAUGUCUGUUCUUCAGAGCCUAAAAGCAUCACCGGCUGCUUCAAGCGAUUCCUUCACAAGCUGCAAACUUUCACAGCACGUUCAAGACUAUCAAACUGAGGAAGUUAUUGAGAUAAUUUAUGCAAAAUAAUGUUUAUAACUGACUAAAAUUCAUGGAAAUGCAUGUUAGUUUGUUUGUUUGGCUUCAGCAGGUUAAAAUAUUAAUGUAUUACUGCAAACUGAAUUGGAUUAAUAAGGGAAACGUUAAGGUUCUUAGGUCAGUCAAUUUAUAAAAAAGCCUGAGUGGUCCUCCUGACACACAUUUGACUCUAAGGGUAUAUGUACAGGGCAUUCAGCACCGCCAAGAAAAAUCACAUCCGAAAACUGAAUAGAUAAUAGUACGGAUAUUUUUUUACACUGAUAAUUACGAAACUACAAGGACAUAUAUCUAAAUUAGGGGACGUUAAGGCGAAACUGGAGGUGUUGCUAAACCUACAAUUUAAGGGUCUUGGUGCAGUUCCCCCCAAAUCACCACUAGAUGGCGUGAUAAUCUCUGCAAAACAGGUUGAAACAAAGCAGAGCGCCUGUUGAGGGAAAUAAAGUCAGAUUAUUGCCACCUAAUGUCGAUGAACGUGGUAUCAAAUAUGUGAUGUGGGGAAUUCUCCGUUGACUGGAAUUUAGUCAUGAAUGAGACGUUGCGUAUGUCUAAGUAAAUCCAGGAUUAGAUAAGACUUUAUUGAUUGAAAUUCAGGCGUUGCAGCAGCACGAUAUAGUAUAAUAUAUAAUACAUUUUGUAUUUGGUGUGCAAAGGAUAUAGUGUGUUAUGCUGUGAAAGUAAAAGAAGGGAUAAACCAAGUUUCCUGAUUCAUCCAGUGAGACAGAGCGUGUACGAGGUCUUCGCUGUGUCUCCAUCCACCUGUUAUUUAAUUAACUUGCAGCCCACUUUUAUUAUAAUACGAACCGUUAUUUGAUCAUCCGGCAACAAUCAGAAAAAAACAGGUUCACAAAUUGUUUUAGGGAAUUAUUCUACAGAUUAACAUUCAUCAUGUAGUUGAUAAGCAGUGCUUUACGGACAACUAAACCGUCAUGUUGAAAUGUCUCCGAUGGGCUGUGGAAUAACUAUUCAGAAUUAAGUAGGCUUACUUAAGUAGUACACAAGUAUUAUCAGCAAAAUUAAGUAUCAGAAGUUAAUGUAUUCAUUAGGAAUUAGUGCUAUAUUAUUAUUAGUGGUUAGUGCAUUAGUCUGUAGCUAUAGGCUAUAUUGUAGCUGUUGAGGUGGAGCUAAUUUUAACUACUUCAUAUACUGUUGGGUAGUUAAUCUACAACGAUGCAUCAGAUUUUCCAGUGGUAGAAUGUAAAUAAGUAUAUUUACUCAAGUACUAAAGUACACAUUUGAGAUAGGCUACUUUUACUUUCCUUGAGUAUUUUCUUUUUAUGCUACUUUAUAUUCCUACCUCACUACUUUUAAGGGAAAUAUUGUACGUUUCACUCCACUACAUUUAGUUACUAGUUGCUUAACAGAUUAAGAUUGAACAAAACAUAUGAGUUUAUAAAGUGUGAUGCUCUGUUAUAAACUAUCUAACAGUAUACUUUCUUGCAUUUUGAGUAGUUUGAUACUUUAAGUACAUUUUAUUGAUACAUACUUUUAUGUAAGUGACAUUUUCAAUGAAGGACUUUUACUUUAAAUGGAGUAUUUUAUAUUGCAGUACUGCUACUUUUACUUAAGGGAUCUGGAUACUUCCUCCACCCCUGAUAUUUUCUCAACUGACAAUAUGUUUUGUAUGUAAAAUCUUAAUCUGCAAUAACUAAACCUACCAAAUAAAUGUAGUGGAGUAAAAAGUAUAUAAUUUCCUCUGAAACGAAGUGGAGUAGAAGUAUAAAGUAGCAUAAAAUAUAAAUAUAAAGGUACGACUAAAAUGUACUCAUAUAGUUAAUUCCCACCUCGGCUGAUGGGUGUUUAUAGCCAGGUAUGUGAUAAGCCAAAUUAACCAGAUGAAUUAUGGUCAUGGGUGGAGGCCAUUUUUAUACACAGGAAAAGCAACAUUUAGAAAGUUUUAUGCAGCACCUUGUAUGGCAGAAUAUGACUUUACAGGAGGACCCGAGUCUGCAGGGCGUGCUUGUGUAGAAAGGCUCGAGAUCACAGUGUCCGCCUUACUCUCUCUCGCUCUCUCACACACCCUGUGCUGCGCCCUAUGUGCUGAUCCAGCUGAUGCCGCCGCGCGUAAAUGGAAAGCUUUUACGCACCGCCCGGGUUCACUCCAAAAGAGGUUUAAUUGUUGUUUUUGCAUUGUCACACGCCUCGCCUGGUGCAUAAGUAGGCCUCAGAUACUGGGGAUGUGCUGUGGAGAUGUAAGGGAUGCGGUAAUACCUCACUACAUAACAGAAGGGGUGGGGGGUAAAAGGCAAGGCGUGCGUCCGGACGCUCACCGCCAACUAAACGCAAGAGCGACUCAGACAUCAAUAACAUCUCGCUCAUCAAUAAGAAAUUUUGAUGGCGUUAGACUGCUUAAUUAAAUAGGUUGCCUAAGGUAUUAGGCUCUCUGAAUUUAUAAUAUCUAAUCUAAUGACCCCCAAUGGAGAACAUCUGAAGGAAGACUCCCCAGCAUCUCCAUCCACAGGAAAGCGGCUCGGUCAGACAGAGGAUAAGACUUGGAGGUUCCUAACCUUACAGUGAUGGCUAUCAACACUGAUGCUGCCUUUGAGAAAAACGCCCUCGGCGAGAGGGAAGUUUCCAAUCCCACCGACUUCCAUGACACGGAGAAGCUGCUGAGCACCGCGACCACCGAGCCCACCGGGCAGAGCAACAUCAAGCCGUCCGACUCCUUCUCCCUCAACAUCAGAGGGAGCGUCCGGUCCCUGGACUCGGACCAGAACGGACACAGAUCACCGCUGAAGUCGGGCUCCAUCGGGCAGCUGGCGGCCACACCCAAGUCCUUGUCCCGGCUCAGCCUGGGCCCGCUGCCCUCCCCGGUGCCGCCCGGCCCGGUACCCCCGAAUUACCUCUGGCUCGCCGUGCUGUCCUGUUUCUGCCCCGCCGUGCCGCUCAACAUAUGUGCCUUGUGGUAUGCAAAUGUGUCGAAGUCUGUUCUCCAUACAGGAGAUAUUGAAGGAGCGAGGAAGUAUGGGCGUCUGUCAAUGCUGCUCAGCUGUCUGGCAAUGCUGCUGGGUGUGGCUGUCAUCAUCUUCAUAGUGUUUACAAUAGAGGCCCAGCAGUGAACUGAGGGAGUCUCCUUUGAACUUCAUCUGAUCUCAAAUUUGCACAGAAGAGAGCGAGAGGAGGAAAAAUGUCGUUUUGAAGAUGAAAAAGCACAAAAUCUAAGUUGAAAACAAGCCGAAGAGACUCUAACAACUUAAUGCUUUUUCUGCUAUGGACGAGAGAAAGAAAAAGGAAAGAAGUCGCAGGCCGUUUCUCUUUUUCUGGCAACACUCAUGCCCAAUAACCCCACAAAAGCUCAGGAACAAAGGAAGGAAAAUGACGGCUGCACACAGUUGUAGUGUCGGAUCAUCAGACAGGACAUUUUGUGGAGAAAGUGUAAACUACUCAUAGUCCAAACUAGCGGUGCACUGAAGUCCACACCUGCCUGACACACAGACAAAUGCACUACAUUUUGCUUAUUAAAAACAAACAAACAAUUGCAUUAUUAGAUAAGAGGAUGUUCUAAAGACUAAAGAAGACGACACAUACCAUCAUCAUCAAAAAUCAAACACAAAAUAAGCUUUGUAGGUGAUGUGAAGACUCUUGUGGUCAGAGAAAAACAAAAGGCAUCAGUGCACCUCUAGUCUGUAAUGCCGCCACUGCCUGCUCUGUUUCUCUUAGCAUUUGCAACCAAGUACGGACUGACUCUUCUUUCUGUUCUAUCGGCACGGGACUUUUGUGGCUGUGGGAAGAUGCAUAAACUGAUUUCAUACAGUGUUGACAUCAAGUUUAAAACUCAUGUACGUUUAUCCCAACAACGCCCUGCUGCUGUUAUAGUGUGAUAUCUUGCUUUGCGUGCUUCUAUGAUAAACUGAACAGAUUCCUGUUCGGACUGAACUGCCUGGAUCUCCGCACCUCAUUACGUUUACGAUAUACUGCAAGAUAUGAAUGGGGUCGUUCUCCCUGUAUGCACUGUUUUUGGCACUCUGAUGUUGAUGUUUAUACAUUUAUACUGUAUGACUGGUUUACUGUGCCAUAGUUCUGCAUGUCUGAAAUAAACUUGAACGAGCAUGACGAACCUGAAA